GGCUUUUUUCUUAAGACUUAGGCCUAUUUCUUUGGUGAUUCACUCAGACCCCAGGUACCGGAUAAGAGCCAGAGAGGUGGCAUCACCGGCGGCAAGAUGCCCCGGCAGUCACAAGAGAAGCUCACGGGGCGAUGACAACGCGGUGGAAGGGGCGCGCCCGGGGCACGCUGGGAACGCGGGGCGCCGCAGCCGGGCCUGACCCGGAAGGGCUGGCGCUUGGUAACCCCGGCUUCCCUAGCAACCGAGCAGGUGCUUGUCCUAAACAGCCGAAUCCUCGGUUACUACCGCCUCCCGAGAUGCCUCUGCAGGUUAGCGAUUACACCUGGCAGCAGACGAAGACUUCGGUGUUUAUCUCUGUGCCCCUCCGAGGCGUCUCCGUCAGAGACGCGGACGUGUUUUGCACGGAAAACUAUCUGAAGGUCAACUUUCCUCCAUUUUUAUUUGAAGUGUUUCUCUGUGCGCCCAUAGAUGAUGAGAACAGCAAAGCCAAGAUUGGGAAUGACACUAUUAUAUUCACCUUAUAUAAAAAAGAAGUGGCCAUGUGGGAAACCCUUUCACUGUCAGGUGUUGACAAAGAGAUGAUGCAAAGAAUAAGGGAAAAAUCUAUUUUACAAGCACAAGAAAGAGCAAAAGAAGCUACAGAAGCAAAAGCUGCAGCAAGGCGAGAAGAUCAAAAAUAUGCACUAAAUGUUAUGAUGCAGAUUGAAGAAGAGGAGAGGAAAAAAAUAGAAGAUAUGAAAGAAAAUGAACGAAUGAAAGCAACUAAAGAAUUGGAAGCCUGGAAAGAAUGUCAAAGAAAAGCUGAAGAACAAAAAAGAAUUCAUAGAGAAGAGAAAUUCUGUGAACAAGAAAAGCAAAUUGAAGAAGAGAGAAAAAAAUUAAAACAUAAAAGCCAUACUAGAAUUUCAGCAUCUAGAAAUCUUGCCACUAAAGGAAGAAAUUCAGAAAAUAUAUUUUUGGAGAAGUUAAAGGAAAAUAGUAUUCCUGCUCCUCGCUCUGUUGGCAGUAUUAAAAUCAACUUUACCCCUCGAGUAUUUCCAACUGCUCUCCGGGAAUCACAAGUAGCAGAAGAAGAGGAGUGGUUGCACAAACAAGCGGAAGCACGGAGAGCAUUGAAUACUGAUAUUCCUGAACUUUCUGAUUUAAAAGAAGAAGAAAAGAAUCCAGAAUGGCUGAAGGACAAAGGAAACAAAUUGUUUGCAACAGAAAACUAUUUGGCAGCUAUUAAUGCAUAUAACUUAGCCAUAAGACUAAAUAACAAGAUUCCACUAUUGUAUUUGAAUCGGGCUGCUUGCCACCUAAAACUAAAAAACUUACACAAGGCCAUCGAAGAUUCUUCUAAGGCACUAGAAUUACUGACACCACCUGUUGCAGACAAUGCUAAUGGAAGAAUGAAGGCACAUAUACGACGUGGAACAGCAUUCUGUCAACUAGAAUUGUAUGUAGAAGGCUUACAGGAUUAUGAAGCUGCACUUAAGAUUGACCCGUCCAAUGAAAUUGUGCAAAAUGAUGCUGAGAAGAUUCGGAAUAUAAUUCAAGGAACAGAACUAAAAUCUUAAUGACUGCUGAAGCAACUAGGUAUUGUACUAGAUAUUGUUUCAAGUUUUUAAAAAAAUAACUGGAGACAUUAGGAAUAUUUGUAAAUAUGGCUGAUUGUGCAGAAUUACUUUCUCUUUAGUUCUCUAGUUCUGUAGAGGGCAAAAUCUAUAGAUUUAUAUAUUACAAAUCUAUGGAAAAUUAAAUGUGUGACUUGAAUGGUUUCUGAAUAAGUAAAUCAAAACAAGAAUGAUUUAAUUCUUCUUCAAUACACAGAUUAAUUAUAUAUACUUAUACAUAUAUAUGUACCUACAUAUACAUACAUAUGUAUAUAUGUAUAUAUAUAUUGUUGUUGUUGUUACUGAAUUCAACUUACCCUUAAAACUAACCAAAUAUUUGUCGGUGUGAUGAGUAUUAAGACAUGGAUUCAUUUUUGACAAGGUAAAAUUUGAAAACAAAAGACCACCUUAAAAAAAUUUUUUUUUAAUUAUAUAUACUACUUAGUUGUCUGAAUGAUUGACCUUGGUAUAAUCAAUACUGAUGUUCACUUAGUUUUCAAUGCACAGAACCUUUUUUUUCCCUUUCAUACUUCUCCACCACCUGUGUGGGAGGUUAGACCAGUUCAAUCUAGCAAAACAACUGUUUGGGAAACCUUGUUUUCAACUUCAGGUACAGGCAGUGUUCCCCAAAGCCUUGAUCAUAUUUCAUACUAUCUGAUGAAGGUAAGUUUUCUAGUACCUUCAAGUACAAUAGGAAAAAGAAAAAAAAGACAGCAAAGGGUGAAAUGUUAACACAGAAUAUUAUGUAUGAUACUGGCAUUUGAUUGCACCACCACUUGUGUUGUAUCACUGUCAUGAUGCAAGCAUUAAGCAAAAACAGUAUAGCUUCCCUUUUGCACAUAGUAGUUAUCACAAUUGUCUGUUUAUAUUUAGAGGAUUUUUAGAAAAAUCAAACAAUUUUUUAGGAGUAAGUUUUUAUAGCAUUUGGUCAUCUGAUAUCAUUCAAAUGGACCAUAAGACAGCUUCAUUCUUUUUUUUUUAACUCAAUAUUUUUUUUGAAUGGGAACAGAUAAGGUUAGUUCAGCAACCUUGAGACUUUUAUAAAGCAACUUUUGAUAACUUACAUAGCAGCCUUGUCCAGUUAUUAGACCUUCUAAUAAGACUUGCUUCUAAUAAGGAUUGCUUUUGCUUAUAAUCAACACUGGUUUGUCAAUUUAUUUUUAAAAAAUAAGUGUUACCAAAAUGAAGAUGGGUCUUCAUGUGUGUCAAAUACCAGUUUGAUGUUCAAAAUAUUUAACCAAACUAGUGCUGCUUCAGGCUCUUCCUAUUACCAUCCUCUCCCCCUCUCCCCCUGCCCUCUCGAAAAGACUGGGCCCAAUAGCUGCCCUAAGGGCAAAAGAUCUAUCCUUGGAGGAAUAGAAGAAGAGAUAGUCUUAACUAGUUGUGUGUGAAUAUUUUUUACCCUAUCCUCUAAGUAAAGUCUUGGUUUAAAUGCAACAGUAGAAUUUGUAUUUACGAAAUACUUGACCUCUUUUGAGCAAUCUCCUAUGGUUUACAAGGGACUUUUGUCUUAGAUUGAAGUAGUGACAGAGUUGAAAUAUUGAUACAACAUGCCCAUCUCUUUUAUGAUAAAAACAUACCUCCCAAAUAAUA